UCAUGGAUGUAUCUGCUGAUACAGGCGAAAGCACUGAAUACAACUUGUGCCAUUUGCAUAAUUUGCAACUCGAGUAUUACUGCAUUAAGUGCAAGACAGCUUUGUGUAAAAGAUGUUUUCUGUAUUUGCAUCGUAACCACACUGUCAUCCUGGCAGAAGACCUAUUAGCUGAAGAAUUUGAAAACGACGAGAAAAAGAAAAUAUUCGUUGAUGAAGGGAAAGAUGUCGUAAAAUUCUUAACUACAGAAAUAAAAAACUGUGACCACUACUUGUAUUGCUUCAAACUAUUUCGUGAGGAAGAAUGCAAGUGGUUGGAUGUUAAGAAAAAUCUAUUGACGCAGAAGCAAAGUUUGCAAGAUACCAUCAAGAAAUUUACAGUUAAAGAAGAGCUCGAGGAGGCACCUGGCGCACUCUGGACUUUCUUACGAGCGAAGUCCUUUGUACAAGAUGACGAGCUCAGAAUGACGUUGCGUGAGGUCAACCACAAGAUCGUUUACAUUAUGAGGGAUGCAAAUCAUGUAUUUUGGGACUGCGAAGAUGCUGCAAAGUUAAAAUUGUCAGAAAUGAUGCCUCAAGAGUUCAUGCCAAAUAACGUACAAUGGAAGUUAACUGGGGAUUAUAAGGCCCAAAAAGCCUUAGCCACUCUGGAAAACUCAAAGAACAAACCCCAAGGCUCCGUCAUAGUGCGUUCCACUACGGAGAAACCCGUGCUGUGUUUAUCUCCCCUGCUAAUAAAGUUGGCUGAGGCUGGCUUAGAUAUUGAACUGCAUCUUCUGGACUCCUUCUGGUCACGAUACUCGCUGCCGUCUGACUGUGACAGACUGGAGCCCAUCCUGCGAGCUGGUCAUGGCGACAGGCUACGUGUCUUCUACGGGCACGUCGAGGCUAAAUCACAGCAAUCGAUGAAGGAUCUCAAGAGGUUCGGCCUGCGCUUAGAGGAGGCGAAGGACGUUGAGACUUUCAACUCAGUAAAUUGUGGAAGUGGAAUUGUCUCCGUGAGCAGGCAACUCCAGCCCGUUCACAUCACGGAACAGGUUAAAGAGAAUACUUCUCUUUGCUGCGUGGAGCUGGAGGACGGCGAGGUGCCGUGGCUGCUGGCGGUUGCGACAAAGUUGAUUGAUUGUCAGCCUCCCACGGAAGGUUAUGACCUCGUCCUGCCAGCGUGUCGUCUGACACGUGACGGCGUGGCACAGUUGCUGGAAAUGCCAGCAUGCAGCUCGCUAAGACCAGUUUAUUACUCCCUAGGCUUCCGCCACGUGUAUCUUCAGUCAACCACACUCUCGCCAUCCGACAGGGAGCAGCUGGAAGAGAUGGCGAGUCGGAACGACAAGCCUCUCACCUGGGAACUGAAUGAACAUUUCUUAAUUGAGUGAACAGUGUUCAGCAGCACCUCGACUCGUCCUUUUCUCUUUGGCGCAUUUUCUCAUUAAUGGAAAAAAUAUAA